AUGGACGUGGAACGCUUGCGCAGAGCAUACAACACGACGGUGCAGUUGUGCAGCGAUCGUGGCUACAGUGUCCCACACACAGAGGUUUCCAAAACAGAGUUUGAGCAGCGCUUCGGCAGUGACCCAAGGCCGUCGGAGCUGGACAGCGUGUUUGCGCACAAGAAGGAUGAACAGAACCGCAUUGCCAUCUUCUGGGCGGAUGAUCUCAAAAUUGGCAUCAGCAAAGUCAAGGAGUACCUGGACAAGCUCACACAACAAGGCAUUAACGCUGGCAUCAUUGUUGCACAAGCAAAGCUGACACCCAGCGCAUCAAAGGCGGUGCGCGAUGCUGCUUCGGCGGGCAUUACUGUCCAGGUCUUUGACAUCACCGAGCUCAUCGUCAACAUCACCAGACACGAGCUUGUGCCACAACACGUGGUGUUGAGCAAAGAGGAGAAGCAGGCGUUGCUGCAGCGAUACAAACUGCAGGAGCAGCAGCUGCCGCGCAUGAAGGUGUCUGACCCCGUCGCCCGCUACCUCGGCCUCAAGCGCGGGCAGGUCUGCAAGGUCAUUCGCAACAACAGCCCAACAGCAGGCAGAUAUGUCUCCUACCGCAUCGUCUUCUGA